AUUACCCCCAAAAAAUGAAGGAAAAGGACAAACAAGUUGUGACUAGGUAGAGUCUUCAAUUUACGGAGUAUAUAGGGGGAAGAAAGCAACCCUUGUCAUCACCACCCCUACGCAGUCGUUCAGAAACAGGAAAGGAAAAUAUGGAUCCAGAAGUGUUUUCCUCCUCGAGCGUGUUCAAGUGGGACCCCAGAGCCGCAAUGCCCCCUCCAAGCCGACUCCUAGAAGCCGGGGCGGCGCCACAGCCACCAACGCACCUUCAUGCUGCUGCUGCGGCGUUGGCCGCUCACCAGUCGUCUGCUGUGCGGAACCGGCCGGAGCUAGGACUGGGACGGCUGGAGGACUUGUUCCAAGCGUACGGUAUAAGAUACUACACCGCCGCCAAGAUAGCGGAGCUGGGCUUUACCGUGAACACGCUGUUAGACAUGAAGGAAGAGGAGAUCGACGACAUGAUGACCAGCCUUUCCCACAUCUUCCGGUGGGAGCUACUUGUGGGCGAGCGCUACGGCAUCAAAUCCGCCAUCAGGGCCGAGCGCCGUCGUAUUGAGGAGGAGGAGUUACGCCGGCGCCAUCUCUUCUCUGGCGACGGAACCAACUCUCUCGAUGCUCUCUCUCAAGAAGGGUUGUCAGAGGAAGGGGUGCAUGCGCAUGACAAGGAAGUGGUGGGGAGCGGUGGUGGAGGGACUUGGGAUGUGGUGGCGGUCACGAGCGGGAAGGCGAAACAGAGGAGGAUGAGGAAGAAUUGUGCGGGUAAAAAGGGGUCGAGAACCGCAGCGGCAUCGAUGGAGGAGGACUACGAUACGGAAGGGAACGAUAAUGAGGAAGAUGACGGGGUAAUUAGCGAGAGGCAGAGGGAACAUCCAUUCAUCGUGACGGAGCCGGGAGAGGUGGCGCGUGGGAAAAAGAACGGCUUGGAUUACUUGUUCCACUUGUACGAACAAUGCCGAGAAUUCUUGAUGCAGGUUCAGAACAUCGCCAAGGAAAGGGGAGAAAAAUGCCCUACUAAGGUAACGAAUCAAGUUUUUAGAUAUGCAAAGGAGGCAGGAGCCAGCUACAUAAACAAGCCCAAAAUGAGGCACUAUGUCCACUGCUACGCUUUGCAUUGCCUUGACGAGGAGGGAUCGAAUGCAUUGAGGAGAUCGUACAAAGAGAGGGGAGAGAAUGUUGGGGCAUGGAGGCAGGCGUGUUAUAAGCCCCUCGUCACCAUUGCUGCGUUGCAAGGUUGGGACAUUGACGCCAUCUUCAAUGCCCACCCUCGCCUCUCCAUAUGGUACGUCCCCACUAAGCUUCGCCAGCUUUGUCAUGCCCAACGCAGCAAAGCCGCCGCCUCUUCCACUUCUGCUGGGAGCACUUCUACUACUACUACUGUUGCUGCUGUCGUCUGCUCACACCUUCCGCUCUUUUAAUUUAAUGAAUUUCCCAUGCAUGCUGCAGGUUGAGCUCGCUCACAGUUUGAGUUGAGCCACUAGCUACAAUUAUCGUGCUUAAUAUGUGAAGUAGCUCCCUAGCUUUCUUCGACUUUAACUAAUUUAUUUAUGAUGUGAUGCAGGAUGGAUAUAUUGAUGUUGUAUUCUAUAUUCUGCUUUUCGAACUUGAUCACAAUUAAUGGAAUAGCACGUCUACUGCAUGUUACCUAUCUUAGCUAUUUUAAAAUAAAUACUCACUUCUACUGAUAAGUUUCUCAUGAAGAAAAAGGACAGAUAAGG